AUGUUUCCAGAGAAUCCCCUCGACUUGGACUCCACGUGGCAGGUCUUGCUGGUACCCAAGGCUCGAAGUCUGUUUGGACAGACUGUUUACUUAUGCCGUCCACCUUUCAGGCACGGGGAAGGUGAAGAUGGAGCCCAAAAGAGGCCAUGUGUGGCCAAGAUGACCUUCGAGCAAUUGCCUUUCCGACUGGUGGGUCUUUUCGGGCAUUGGGAUCCAGCUUCUGAAACCUUGAGGUCAGUCCCACACCGACUGGUCUUUGGACUGGAGUUGCUCCUUCUGACGGGGGUGGUGCUUGUGAGCGGCAAGGCGCUGCUGCCUCUAUUACGCUUGGGAUACUUAGGGAUAAUGGCCCCAAGCGAUGCUCAAGACUCCAGCCAGCACCUGGAGCGCCUGCUCCAGCAGAAGCUGCCCAAGUCGUACAAGCUUGCUUGUCACCUAGAGGUCUACCAGGACACCUCUCAGAAGUACUUUUCCACAGUGUUGGAUUCAGGAGAGGAGGUGACAGUGCAGCAGAUGAAGCUUUCCGAAGGCAACAUUAGGGCUGAUAUGGCCAAGACCUUGAUCGGCUGGGCGAAGAGAGUGUUUUUUGGACGCAAGUUUGAAGCAAUUUGGGGUGAGCUGAAGGAGCCGGUUGGUUGGGUCUUGCUGUAUGACAGUGCUGAGAACUGGAAGGGGGUUUUCGAGGAUGAUCACCCACCUUAUCGAGCUAACAGGGAGCUCAUGGUACCCGUGGCGGCUUUCUUGAGAAGACAGCUCGUCCUAGCAACUGGACACGCGUCGGUGCAAUGGCUCAUUCUCGAUGAGUUGGCGGGCGUCUUGCCGCUCAGCAUGCUCAUGACCCUUGCUUUCGGCUUUUUCUGCAUGCAUAUCCUGGUCCUAAAGCAGGCCGAGUUUACGGUGAAGUGGGGCCUUUGCUGUGAUCAGGUAUUGGAGCGGCAGCGACAACGUUUGCGCCCACCGGACGCUGACCACAUCAUGUAUGGUUUUGGUGCUGUUGCAGCAGUGAUGGCCUCUGCGCUUUGCUGCGCUGCUUGGUCAGCAACGGCAUUGGCACCUUGUUUGGGGCUGGUUGCGGCUGUCCUCGUGCAUGCAUGGGACCUCAAGACAUCUUUAAACGGCCUUAGCAAAUGGAGGGAGCCGGAGCUCACUUCCGAGUUCACAGAGUAUCCUGGUGAGCGGCUUCCAACAUCAGACUCGGCGCCGCCAUCAAAACUAACAACUUCCAGAGAAGCGCACUUUCUUGUGAUCAGUUGCCUUACUUGGACUAUGGCCACCGCUGGUAUCAGCGUCCUGAUCUUCAUGGGCCUGGAUGCGUUACAAAUGCGCGGUACCUUGACGGAAUAUUCCUUCAACAAGGGCCAUCUCGAAUAUUUGCCAGGUGCUACAGCUCUGCAGAACACCCUUUUGCUGCAUGAGGACUCCGACUCCGUCACCUUUGUCUUCGAGGCAGGACAGCAUGCACAGAGCGUCUCGCUCAAACUCGAACAUCCGCAGAUGGACCUGAAAGACUCUGCAGAAGUCCUCCUCUUCUCCCGCCGGCUCCAAGAGGGCAGAGCGGCUGUUAACAACACUACUGGACCUGCAGUGGCAGCUGGGGAGUAUCAGAUAAAUCUCCCAGCUGGACCGCUAUACAGCCGCAUCACUGUGGAGGUCGUGGGGAAGCUUCAGCUGCGGCCCACGCGGUACACGUUCCAUUUGCUACGUGUGGGUGAGGCCUUGUCAUUGUCUUUGAAUGGCCAGGUGGCCGAGUCGUCAGGCCAAGCGCAUCCGUUCGAAGAGACUCGACGCUGGCUUUACCAGGAGCGGAAUGCCGACUGGUACAUUGCGGAUCCUGAUUCUGCUAGCAACUGGACGCUGUCCGUGGAGUUUGGACCCGUUUGCUUUGCUCCCUUGCAGACUUCGACGGCAGCUAGUGGAGGGCAUCAUAUAACUCGGUAUGCAGACAAGUGCAAUUGUGGCGAUGAGCAGCCUGGUGUUGGCACCGAAUGCCUCAAGGAGGAGAAGAUCAAGUUACAAAACUCAACAUCGAUAUGCCUCUACUCGCAGAAAACCAGAGCUGAGCUUCGAGUCGAUGAGAGCAGAGGCCGCCUGUCGAGCAAAGGCUUGGUGAAGUGGCUGCAGGAUGUUCGCAUCAGUGGUCGCUUUGCAGGACUCCGGAUCGAUUCUGUCGACAGGGAUCCAAAGGAGGAACCCGACCCUGACAUGCAGCCUGCAGAAUGGUCCUUACCUGCCGUGAACAGCUCGCAGAGCCAGAUCUCGAAGGUCUUUGCUAUCUCCAUGCGCCCUCAGUUGUUGAUGCAAAGCACGCAGAUCGUUGUGGCCACAACGCCAGACGACACAGAUGCUGAAGAACAGGCCUUGCCGCUGAGGAUUCUGGCACACCCACCACCAAUCACUCUGACUGCAGACAGUGGUUUCCUCCUUCCAGAGUUUUCCUUGCGGAACAGGCGCAGUGUGUAUGCGGCCUGCACGUCUAAGCUUGAAUCAGUGCAUGGGUCGAUUUUCGACAAACGCUUUGAUAUCAAGGAACGCACUGUUGAGCUGGGGCAUGAUUGUUCAGGACAUGCGGUGAUCCAAAAGCGUUUCUGGGCAGAGCGAGAUAGGUCGUGCAAGUACUGGAAUCGAUAUCAACCCUGGAACGAAAACUACGACGUUGCAGUGACUUUGUCGCCAGAGCACUGCCUUAACGAGGCGGUUUAUUUCGGCAGCAUCGCCACUUUGCAGGAGCUACGCGAUUGGAGCGAGGCGAUGGCUACCAAACAGAAGAGUUGUGCCGUGGUGCAAAGGGCUGUCAGGUUCGACAGGCCAGAUAUGGUGAAGGAGCUGUUGAAGUUCUGGAGUCCGAAUUGUGCAGGCUGCAAAGAGACCCCUUUGGGAGUUGCGGCGUCAGAGGGCAACAGGGAGGUGUUGGAACUGCUCUUAAAGGACCCGCGCUUGAAGGUGGAUGAGAUGGACGCAGAAGGUGCUACGGCCCUGUUUCGCGCAAGCCGCCAGUGCAACGUCGACAUUGCAGCACGCCUGAUCCGUGCAAACAGCAGUGUGAACCCAAGCAUGCCCCCUGAGCAAGACUCCGAGUGCCUCGUUACACCUUUGCUAUGGCUUGCUGGCAAUGGGUGUCAGGGCAAAACCGAUGAUGAGAUCCUGCUGGGCAGCCUUUUCAAGAUUUUGUUUCGAGCAGGUGCAAGUCUCGUAGUGCCAGGGCACGAAGAUUGCGAGAAGCAGACCGCGCUAGUGCAGGCCAUCGACCACGGAAGCCUUGCUGCAGUGCCAUUCCUGCUCGACUUGAAAGCAGAUCCCAACGAGCAAGGCCGAACCAGUAUGGACACUCUUUCGACACCGCUUAUGGCCCUGUUCCACAGGUUCCUUCUUACAAGCAUAACUUGGACCAAUGUGGCCGAGACUGCUACGCUGCUCUUAUCAAAACGAGCUGACGUGAACAAGAAAGCCGGUUAUUUCGAGACGACGGUGCUGACGGAGGCAGCGAAAAAGUGCCAGCCUGAUGUUGUGAAGUUUCUUUUGGAAAAGGGCGCGCAGCCCGACAUGCAGGACAAGCAAGGGAAUACGGCAGAAUCCUAUGUGGAAAGUCCCGUGGAUCAGCGCUGCAUCGACAACAAGACGGCUCGCCAUGAGACCCUUCGCCUUUUGCAGCAAGCGAGCUCGAAGCUGUAG